GAUCAACAAUCAUGAACACCUUUACAACUUUGGCUUGCCUGUUGGCGGUAGUCGCUUGUUCGAGUUGUUCAGGCAUCGGCUAUGGACUCGGCGGUAUUGGUUUACCAUUACCUAUUUAUAGUCAGCCGAUUAUAAGGGAGAAGAUAAUCAAGGUCGCCCCUAUUGUUCCGAUUAUCAAGGCAGCUCCUAUCAUUAAGAGUGUUGCUUACUCUCCGAUUAUUUCUCCCCCUAUCUUAAAAUCGGUACCAAUAUCUAGCGUUGGUCUCGGCUACGGAGGCUACGGAGGCUACGGAGGUCUCGGAAGUUACAGCCUCGGAAACUACGGUCUCGGAAGCUACGGUCUCGGAAGCUAUGGAGGUUAUGGGGGCUACGGCCUCGGAGGUUAUGGAGGCUACGGCAAGAUCUACGGUCAUUAAGACAGUUGAAACUUCAGACGGAUUACCAAUAAAAAUAACAAUGUAAACCUUCUCAUCAAUAUAUUAUAUAAAGCAUAUAAACAGCA